UCUUCCUGUACGGACCGGAGACUGAUGCGUCCUCCUUGACUAGGAAAUGGAGUUCUCUCAGCAGCUGGACCUGUUUCCUGAAUGCAGAGUGAUCCUUCUGUUAUUUAAAGACGUAAAAAAUGCAGGAGACUUGAGAAAAAAGGCCAUGGAAGGAACUCUCAAUGGCUCACUGAUAAACCCUAAUGUGAUUGUCGAUCCAUUUCAGGUACUUGUGGCAGCAAACAAAGCCGUUCAUCUCCACAAGCUGGGAAAAAUGAAGACAAGAACUCUGUCUACUGAAAUUAUCUUCAACCUCUCCCCUAAUAACAACAUUUCAGAGGCUUUGAAAAAAUUUGGCAUCUCAGAAAGGGACACUUCAGUUCUGAUUGUUUACAUUGAGGAGGGAGAUAAACAGAUACACCAGCAACACCUAAUAUCUCAAGUGGAAGGCCAGCAGGUGCCUUUGGAAAGCCUUCCAGAAAUCACAAAGUUCUCGGAAGUCAGAAAGGCGUAUAAACUGUCACCACAAGAAGAGAGUAUUGGGACAUUAUUGGAUGCUAUCAUUUGUAGGAUGUCAACAAAGGAUGUUUUAUAAGAUUCCCAAAAUACCAACACAUGAUCUCAGAGUUAACCAUUAGCUGUUCUUUCCUGGUUAUGAAAUUAACAUAUUCAUCACCAAAAAAGGGAAAAAGAAACUAUAUCAGCCUGCUUUUUCACUUCUUAGAGAUAAUUCCUGUCGAGGUAUUUGUCAUUGUCUUCUAGUUUUCUGUUUGUACUUCAACAUAUUUAUUUUUUUAUACAAUUGAAAUAAAAAGUGUAAGCACCUAA